GGAGAGCUGGAGAGCAGCGUUCCCCCUGAAACACUAUUAAAAUAACGGAUCACUUCACGUCGAUCGGGCUGAGAUCUUUGUCCCAUCUCCAGUAGCAUCAACAUCAACGAAUGACACGGAUCCUGGGGGGGGGGGGUUUCGGUGGAGUAAGUGGUAGACAAGGGGCUCUGGGGGCCAGGGCUGGCUCUAGGCACCCGCAAACCAAGCACGUGCUUGGGGCGGCACUUUUCAAGGGGCGACAUUCUGGCCACCCUUUUUUUUUCCCCCCUUGGGCAGUUGCGCUCUCGGACCUUGGGGCGGCAAUAAGCCUAGAGCCGGCCCUGUCUGGGGGAAAGGCGAGGGGCUUUACAGGCUGCGGCGCUGUGCCCCGCUGGACUCGGAGGGGCACGCAGGCUUGCGGUGGUGAGGAUGAGAAAGUGAGUGACACUAUGGAUUGGCUGUCAUUGGUUACCUGGGUCCCAGCCCUCCAGCUGCAGGGAUCUGUCACAGCAGCUCUCUCCCCUCUUCAGCUCCCCACACUCUUUCAAUCAAUACCCUCACUUCUCACGGGCUCCAAUCAUUGCCCUGUGUCAAGCUCUUUAAGUACGCAGCAAAGACGUCAUCUCUGAAGGUGGAUCGGCGAGUAGGCACCCAAUAUCUAUAUAAAACUGGUAAAGGCCGAGAAUAGUUAAAAAGGACAGAGACGGCGAGAGGAAGGAGGCAGCGGGACUGGGCUGCAGACUUUUCCGGCGGACCAUUCGCCUUUGCGAUCGCCACGAAAGUUAUGGGAAGCCGUGAGUACCCAGCCUCUUUCUCUUUCGCCCCGCAGGGGCUUUGGCAGAUGUCGCUUUGCUGGUGCCGUUCUGGCAGAGGCGUAGCUCUCCCUUUGGGGAUGAAGUGAGAAAGUCAGCCGGAUGCUGGCUGCCGCACCUGGAAGUGCGGGCUGCUCCACGCUAGGGGAGUCGCCACCAACCACCUAUUAAGCCGGGAAGUUUCUCCAGCGGAGCCCUGGGUUGCUGCUCUCAGCAUCCUGAAGCUCUGGUUUCUAGCAAACCUGGGACCCGCGGGGCAGUGGAGUGAGGCGGACACGUUAGCUUAGAGGAGACUCGCUUGCUGUAUAGGGUCUCUGUUGGAGUAGCGGAUCCGGCUUUGCUCGGAGAAAAGGAACUGUCUGCCCGCCAGCUGCCGCGCGUUGAAGUGCGGUUCGUUUUGGGGCAGCGCCGCGCUUCGCCCCGGGCAGUAAAUCUAUCGCACCCCAGCGGCUGAUCUUUUUUUAACUCGGAAUCACUCGUCUCUGCCAAGGGGCCCGUGUCCGUCCACUCACCCGCUCGAGGGCACGUAGCCCAGGCGGCAGCCGAGACGGGCAGGGACGGAGCCUGGGCACCUUUCUCCAAAGCCCGAACAGCUCCCAAGCCACGCGCGCGAUCGUGGGGCUUUUCCAGGCACCGUGAAAUCGAGGGCUCGCCUGUCUUGCUCCUUCCCUCCCGGCAGCCUAGUCCGCUGCUCCCCCAGCCCGCUGCAGAGGUGCUUUGCCCGGGGACAAGCGACAAAGGGCAUCCGGCUGCGGCAGCCGCGGCCGGGAGCCGAGGAUGUUGCCGGCGGGGAUCAGCGCGUUGUCCUGGCUCGAAGCUGCGCUCACCGCCGUGCUGGCCCUGGGGCUCCUCCUCACCGUGGCCCGGCACUUGUGGACUCUCAGGUGGACUCUGAGCAGGGACCGGGGCAGCGCUCUGCCCCUCCCGCAAGGCUCCAUGGGGUGGCCGUUCUUCGGGGAGACCCUGCACUGGCUGGUCCAGGGCUCCAGCUUCCACAGCUCCCGCCGGGAGAAGUACGGCCCCGUGUUCAAGACCCACCUGCUGGGCAAGCCUGUCAUCCGAGUGACCGGGGCGGAGAACGUCCGCAAGAUCCUGCUGGGGGAGCACAGCCUGGUCAGCACCCAGUGGCCCCAGAGCACCCAGAUCAUCCUGGGCUCCAACACCCUGCUCAACUCCACCGGCGAGCUGCACCGGCAGAGGAGAAAGAUCCUGGCUCGAGUCUUCAGCCGCGCUGCCCUGGAGAGCUACCUCCCUGGGAUCCAGAAGGUCGUGAGCUGGGAGCUGCGGGGCUGGUGCAGGGAGCCUGGCUCCAUCGCGGUUUAUUCCUCUGCUAAAACUUUGACUUUCCGCGUUGCAGCUCGGGUUCUGCUGGGCCUCAGCCUGGAAGAAAAGCAGUUUAAGGACCUGGCCAAAACUUUUGAGCAGCUGGUGGAGAACCUGUUCUCCUUGCCCCUGAACAUACCGUUCAGUGGGCUGCGCAAGGGGAUCAAAGCCCGGAAUAUGUUACAUGAGUACAUGGAGAAAGCCAUAAUGGAAAAACUACAAAGAAAGAACUUGGAAGGUCAUGGUGAUGCUCUGGAUUUCUUAAUAAACAGUGCCAAGGAGCAUGGCAAAGAAUUCACCAUGCAGGAGCUGAAGGAGUCAGCGAUUGAGCUGAUAUUUGCUGCUUUCUUCACCACUGCUAGUGCCAGCACGUCUCUGAUCCUUUUGCUACUGAAACACCCCUCGGCGAUAGAAAAAAUAAGACAAGAACUGGUGUCCCAUGAAUUGCAUAGGCAGGGCCAUUGCCUUUCACCUACAGUCUCCCAAAAGAACCGCCCAUGUAUUGAACCCUGUCAAGGUACACCAAUGGUCCAGGAGAAAGAAAGGAAGGACAGUGACUUUCAGCAGCGUCUCCGCUCCACGCCAGAAGGGACGCCGAAGAAUCAAAGUCAGCAACUUGAUCUAAAGGCAGGAGGAGAGGCCGGGGGUAGUUUUAUCCGGCGGCCUCCUCUCCUUAAGGAGCCCACGUUAACCAGAAUGACACCAGAAGCAAUUAGUUUGAAUACAAAAGAUCAUUAUUCAAACCCCAGGCAAGAAGAAGCCGGCCAGCCGACCAGCAGGUUCGAGGUGCCCACAGGGCCAGUGAUUCCAGGGGCAGAGUGUCAUUGUCAGCCAGAGAUGAACUUGGAUAAGUUGAGCCGUCUGCGCUACUUGGACGGUGUGAUUAAGGAGGUCCUUCGUGUGCUGCCGCCCGUUUCUGGAGGCUACAGAACUGCCCUGCAGACCUUUGAGCUGGAUGGCUACCAGAUCCCCAAGGGCUGGAGCGUGAUGUACAGCAUCCGAGACACCCACGAGACCGCGGCCGUGUACCAGAGCCCCCCCGAGAGCUUCGACCCGGACCGGUUUGGCUCGGCCCGGCAGGAGGACGGCAAGGGGGCAGGACGCUUCCAUUACAUCCCCUUUGGUGGUGGGGUCAGGAGCUGCAUCGGCCAGGAGCUGGCCAAGGCCAUCCUCAAGGUGCUGGCCAUCGAGCUGGUCCGCACGGCCCGCUGGGAGCUGGCCACCCCCAGCUUCCCCGAGAUGCAGACUGUGCCCAUUGUGCAUCCCGUGGACGGGCUGCAGCUCUUCUUCCACCCCCUGCAGCCCGGCGGCGCCAGCACCCGCCGCCAGGGGUCCCGGGAAGCUUGAGCCGCCGCCGAGGCCUCUGGCGCUGGGGCGGGCUGCGGGCAGGGCGAAGAGGGGAAGCCGCCGCAGCGGGGGACAAGCACCAGGAUUUGUACCGACCGGACACAGAAAGCGCCACAUGAGCCCCGGGCCCGUUUCCUUUUCGCAGCGGGGCUGGGAUCCAGCUGCUGAGAGGGGGCCUAGACCACCCGUCCCUUCCUUCUCGGUGCCCUGCUGCUGCCCACCACGGCAACAGGAGAGGGGCUCCGGAUGCUCCAGCCAAUCCGGUGAGAUCUCCCUUUCGUCCGCUUGCACACUAGAAAGGCUUGGUUUGUGCCAUGCUCACUGCACCCCCCGGUGGGGAAAAUCAGGGCCCAGCUGCACUCUGAGGAGUCAAAACCACAGGGAAAGAGUCCACGAUCCAAGUAUGCAGUUUCCUUAAACUUCAAAGGUGUUGGCUGGGGGAAAGAAACCAACUGUUCUAGAUUUUAAAACAGAAUCCCCCGGGACAUAGAUUCAUCUGCUACCUCUCACCUGACUCUUGAAAGUUUAGGGGAACGCCCUAUCCACUGAACAUCCUUCCAAGCCACACAGUUGUCCUGGUCAGCCCUCCUGCCCCCUUCCUUCUGACCGGAUAGAGAAAAAUGCAGAAGAGAGAGAAAAAUAACUGUCUCUAGCACAUUUUCAUUACAGAGCAUGACUAGAGAUGGCCUGGAAUUUCCUGUUCCACAUGCAGAAGAAUUAUGCCCUAUGGGAUACAUGUAUUUGUAAGAGGGGAGUGGGGUUCUUCACAUUGGGCCAUAGCUUUUUAGAAAUUUCCAUGGAUAUGUAAAAAGAGAAAAAUCUAAGGAGUCGCUGCAAUCUGACAGGUCCAAACUUGUCAGAUACAUCCCAAUUAUCUGUAACUUUCUGAUAACUCUCUAACUUCCGAUAGAUUAAUGUAAAGAGUUUGUAUUUCAUCUCACUCCUGCACUUUCCGUUAGAGUCUAUAUGAUAAACAUGCAUUCUGGUCCAUCAGAUAGUACCGUAUAUUAAUAUUGUACAUUAAUACUGUACUAUAGUAAGGUCUGUGCUGCUGUUCUGAAGGAUCCAUCAUUAAAACCCAUUGUCAAAGUAGACUAGAGUUUAGUUGCAGGUUGAAACCUGCAUGAGAGAAUCAGAUUUCAACAGGGAAGUGAUCUUUUUAAAAUAAACAUUUAAAGAGUCGGGACAUUUAAAUGUUUGCCUCUGACUGAAAAGUUCCUGAUUUUAAAGAUCGAAAACCAUUUCUUGCGCAUACACUCUGGUACCUCUUCCAGAAUAAUGAUUUCAAUAUUUAUAGUGAGAGUCACAUUAUAAUAACUAUCAGAGCAGCAUUGAGCAACAAGACCAUUUGUCAUGCAUCAUAUGGUAUACAAUGGCUUAAAUAUGGAUUCAGGUGGAGUUAAGGUUGGGAGCUGACUGGCCUAUUAGAGGGUCUCUGAAUACUGUCUGCCUUGCCAUUUCCUACUCUUCAAUUCCAGGAUUUUUCUUUUUCUCCUUGUAAAAGAAUUUCUCACAAAUAUUUUAUAAUGUGAUGCCUACCUUUCAUGUCCAUGAAUGGAAAUGGCAAUUCCAUUAGAGCAUGGAGAGGAGAGUUCAGGAUAAUACUAAGUAUGACUUGUAUAGAUGAGUGAAUACAUGAUUUCAUUUUCACUUAGGGCAUGAUGGCAGCGCACUGUCCAUGGACAGCCUUUGCUGGGCUUUGACUUAGGCACAUAGUACAUACUGUCUGUCUAAAAGGUGAGGGGAAGCAAGGAAGUAGAAACAUCUGAUAAUUAAUUUUCGUACAUUUUAAUGGAAAAUAUGGCUACUCCUUCUCUAGGUCAAGCUCUUGUGUAAUAUUAAAAUGUAUCCGAUAUCUGAGAGGUCGAACUGAACACCUACAUCCCCAAACCUGUUAUCCGUAGGAUGAAGUUGCCCUUUGUGAAGGCUGACACACUGGUUCCUAGGAUACUUUCUCGAAUGACACUUCUGCCCUAAACAAACUUUCUCGUCCUUCUGCAAUCUCCCAAAAUGAGAAAAGUCAAAAUAUUUGAGCCCCCUUGCUUUAAAUGGUGACCCACUGCCUGAAAGCAACCGACAUGAUUUAUUAUUCUGUAAACCAGAGUGUCAGCAGCCACCGCCCAGAUAAUUCACCUGGAUCAGUAUUUCUAAUUAAAUAUCAGAAAGUCGGGUAACAUAAUUUCACUCCUUGCAACAUCUCAGCUACCUAGAGCAGAAACAUGGCUACCAAAUGUGACAGGUCAAAUCUGGAAAAGGUUGUACUGAAAGUCGGAGUUAAGUGCUGUUGGCAGGUUGACCCUUUAGUGAACCAGAAGCCUCUGCCCUCCUGACCUUGUCUUUAAGGUGAAUCUUUGUGGUGAACGGAGGGGAAAUCAGUAGGCGGUGGAUACAAGUGUCAAUGACUAACUUUAAUUAGCACAACCAUUGAACUGAUCCAUCCAAACGCUACUGACGCUAUUGUGAUCCUCGAAAAAAAAAAAUAGGCGAACCUUGGAUCCACCUCCAGUUCCGUUUUAUUUCGGUGGGACCUGGCCGCUCACCUAGGCACUAAUCGGCUGGGGAGCCGACUGGCAAAUGCAGCUCUGCAGCCUCCUCCUCCAGCUUGGAUGAGAAGUAAUCGUCGAUUCUUCAGGACCACGCUAAAUAAUUACCCUGAGCACUAACACUGUAACCGGGUGGUUGAAUAACGUAAUGUGAACCUAGUAAAAAAAAGACUUGAAACUGAUGUUGUUUUUCAAAUAAACAUGAGCAUUUGCAAGUGAAGUGUAGCAAUUAUUACUUGUAAUCAAAGUUUGUUCCUAUGAGGCUGUUAAUUUCUUGACCCCCUUCCAAGAUGUCUUUAAUUAUCCCUUUCACUCUUUACCAUUUGAUUCUUUUCGGACUGACGACUGUAGAAUAGAUGGCUGUGGCGAUAAUAAAGGUUUCCUGUGGUAAUUAUCGGUGCUCAGGCCACCGUAUCUCGUUAUUUGAUGGACAGUGAACUUGGCGAAGUUGCUCGCAGAGUUCAUUCAGAUGUCACGGUCCGUGUUGUAGGUCACAAGCAGGUCAGCGUAUGGGAAUGGGAAAGAACCCCGAGGUCAUGCCACUGCUCCCAGGGCAAUUCACUGAGGAUACGAAGACACCAGAAAAUGAUCAUCCCUAUUAGGCAGAGAACUGUCCUGCCAGCUUUGGAGGGCUCAGAAGCCGCCAACUUAACCAACCACUGGUUGGUUUAUAUAGGUCAGAGGAGGGGUGGGAGGAAUCGGAAUAAAGUGAGCAUUUUAAACACAAAAUAGGGAAAUUAAAUUUAGGCUGAAAUCAUAUAAUAUACAAAUAUAUAUCACA